CGGACUGGCCGAGCGGGCGGCGAGAGGCCGGCGCGUCGGGAGCGGGCCGCGCGACACCAUGUCGGCCAAGGUACGGCUCAAGAAGCUGGAGCAGCUGCUCCUGGACGGGCCCUGGCGCAACGAGAGCGCCCUGAGCGUGGAGACGCUGCUCGACGUGCUCGUCUGCCUGUACACCGAGUGCAGCCACUCGGCCCUGCGCCGCGACAAGUAUGUGGCCGAGUUCCUCGAAUGGGCGAAACCAUUUACACAGCUGGUGAAGGAGAUGCAGCUACAUCGGGAAGACUUUGAAAUAAUUAAAGUGAUUGGAAGAGGUGCUUUCGGUGAGGUUGCUGUUGUCAAAAUGAAGAGCACGGAACGAAUUUACGCUAUGAAAAUCCUCAACAAGUGGGAGAUGCUUAAAAGAGCAGAGACCGCGUGCUUCCGGGAGGAGCGUGAUGUGCUGGUGAAUGGCGACUGCCAGUGGAUCACGACCCUGCACUACGCCUUCCAGGACGAGAACUACCUGUACUUGGUCAUGGAUUACUACGUGGGUGGUGAUUUACUGACCCUGCUCAGUAAAUUUGAAGACAAGCUUCCAGAAGACAUGGCGAGGUUCUACAUUGGUGAGAUGGUGUUGGCCAUUGAUUCCAUUCAUCAGCUUCAUUAUGUACACAGAGACAUUAAACCUGACAAUGUCCUUUUGGACGUGAAUGGUCAUAUUCGCCUGGCCGACUUUGGAUCAUGUUUGAAGAUGAAUGAUGAUGGAACUGUCCAGUCCUCUGUGGCCGUGGGCACGCCUGACUACAUCUCCCCAGAGAUCCUGCAGGCAAUGGAGGACGGCAUGGGCAAGUAUGGCCCCGAGUGCGACUGGUGGUCCCUGGGGGUCUGCAUGUAUGAGAUGCUCUAUGGAGAGACACCCUUUUACGCCGAGUCCUUGGUGGAGACCUACGGAAAGAUCAUGAACCACGAAGAGCGAUUCCAGUUCCCAUCCCACGUCACAGAUGUAUCCGAAGAAGCCAAAGACCUCAUUCAGAGGCUCAUCUGCAGCCGAGACCGCCGGUUGGGGCAGAACGGGAUUGAGGAUUUCAAAAAGCACGCGUUCUUCGAAGGACUAAAUUGGGAGAACAUACGAAACCUAGAAGCUCCUUACAUUCCUGAUGUCAGCAGCCCUUCCGACACGUCCAACUUUGACGUGGAUGACGACAUGCUGAGGAACACCGAAAUAUUACCUCCUGGCUCUCACACCGGCUUUUCUGGAUUACACCUGCCAUUUAUCGGGUUCACAUUCACAACAGAAAGCUCCUUCUCGGACCGAGGCUCUUUGAAAAGCAUGAUGCAGUCCAGUACCCUGACCAAAGACGAGGACGUGCAGCGGGGCCUGGAGAGCAGCCUGCAGAUCGAGGCCUACGAGAGGAGGAUCCGCAGGCUGGAGCAGGAGAAGUUGGAGCUGAGCAGGAAGCUGCAAGAGUCCACACAGACUGUCCAGUCCCUUCACAGUUCAGCUCGAGCCCUGGGGAACUCCAACCGAGACAAAGAGAUCAAGAAGCUCAAUGAAGAAAUUGAACGUCUGAAGAACAAAAUAGCAGAUUCCAGUAGGCUGGAGCGGCAGCGUGAGGAUGCUGUGGUCCUCCGCCAGGAGCAUGAGGACUCAGCACAGCGGCUGAGGGGGCUGGAGAAGCAGUACCGCGUGGCACGUCAGGAGAAGGAGGACUUCCACAAGCAACUCGUGGAAGCCUCCGAGCGUCUCAAGACCCAGGCCAAGGAGCUCAAAGAUGCCCACCAGCAGCGGAAGCUGGCACUGCAGGAGUUCUCCGAGCUCAACGAGCGCAUGGCUGAGCUCCGCUCCCAGAAACAGAAGGUUUCCCGGCAGCUGCGAGACAAGGAGGAGGAGGUGGAGGUGGCCAUGCAGAAAAUCGACUCGCUGCGGCAGGACAUGCGCAGAUCCGAGAAGUCCCGGAAGGAGCUGGAAGGUCAGCUUGAGGAUGCUGUUGCCGAGGCUUCAAAGGAACGCAAACUCCGUGAACAUAGCGAAAACUUCUCCAAGCAAGUGGAAAGUGAGCUCGAGGCCCUCAAGAUGAAGCAAGGAGGACGGGGCCCCAGUGCUGCCUCAGAGCAUCAACAAGAGAUUUCCAAGAUCAAGUCAGAGCUAGAGAAGAAAGUCUUGUUUUAUGAGGAGGAGUUGGUCAGACGCGAAGCCUCCCACGUACUAGAAGUGAAGAAUGUGAGGAAGGAGGUCCACGACUCGGAGAGUCACCAGCUGGCCCUGCAAAAGGAGGUCUUGGUGCUCAGGGACAAGCUGGACAAGGCCAAGCGGGAGCGGCAUAAUGAAAUGGAGGAGGCCGUGGGCACGGUAAAAGAUAAAUAUGAACGAGAAAGGGCCAUGCUGUUCGAAGAGAGCAAGAAAUUAACUGCCGAAAAUGAAAGGCUCUGUUCCUUUGUGGACAAACUCACAACUCAGAAUCGACAACUAGAGGAUGAGCUUCAGGACCUGGCGGCCAAGAAGGAAUCCGUGGCCCACUGGGAAGCCCAGAUCGCAGAAAUCAUUCAGUGGGUCAGUGACGAGAAAGAUGCCCGGGGCUAUCUUCAAGCUCUCGCUUCUAAGAUGACAGAAGAGCUGGAAGCCUUAAGGACUUCUAGUCUGGGGUCAAGAACACUGGACCCACUGUGGAAAGUCCGCCGCAGUCAGAAGUUGGACAUGUCUGCCCGGCUGGAGCUGCAGUCUGCGCUCGAGGCAGAGAUCCGUGCCAAGCAGCUGGUGCAGGAGGAGCUGAGGAGUGUCAAGGAUGCCAACCUCUCCUUUGAAAGUAAACUGAAGGACUCUGAAGCCAAAAAUAGAGAAUUACUAGAAGAAAUGGAAAUUUUGAAGAAAAAGAUGGAAGAAAAAUUUAGAGCUGAUACAGGGCUCAAACUCCCAGAUUUUCAGGAUUCCAUUUUUGAGUACUUCAACACUGCACCUCUUGCUCACGGCCUGACGUUUAGAACGGGCUCAGCCAGCGAGCAGGAAGCCCACACACCAAAGCUGGAAGUGUCACCGUCUGCGUCGGCGUCCACAGGCAUGGACCAACAGGAGGACGCAGCUCGUACCCUACAGAGGCCGGCCACGAUGCCACUGCCCACCACGCCCACCCUCGCCCUGGCUGGACCCAAGCCCAAAGCGCACCAGUUCAGCAUCAAGUCCUUCUCCAGCCCCACUCAGUGCAGCCAUUGUACCUCGCUGAUGGUCGGACUCAUCCGGCAGGGCUACGCCUGUGAGGUGUGCUCGUUUGCCUGCCAUGUGGCCUGCAAGGACAGCGCCCCCCAGGUGUGCCCCAUCCCUCUUGAGCAGUCCAAGCGGCCCCUCGGGGUGGAUGUGCAGCGAGGCAUUGGGACCGCCUACAAAGGCUACGUCAAGAUCCCCAAGCCCACCGGGGUGAAGAAGGGGUGGCAGCGGGCCUACGCGGUAGUCUGUGACUGCAAGCUUUUCCUGUACGACCUGCCCGAGGGAAAGUCCACGCAGCCCGGCGUGGUCGCCAGCCAGGUCCUAGACCUCAGGGAUGACGAUUUCUCCGUGAGCUCCGUCCUGGCUUCAGAUGUCAUACAUGCCACACGCCGAGAUAUUCCUUGUAUAUUCAGGGUGACGACCUCUCUCUUAGGUGCACCUUCUAAGACCAGCUCCCUACUCAUUCUGACAGAAAACGAGAACGAAAAGAGGAAAUGGGUGGGCAUUCUAGAAGGCCUCCAGUCCAUCCUCCACAAAAACAGGCUGAGGAACCAGGUUGUGCACGUGCCUCAGGAGGCGUAUGACAGCUCGCUGCCCCUCAUCAAGGCCGUCCUAGCGGCAGCCAUUGUGGAUGGAGAUAAGAUUGCGGUGGGCUUGGAGGAGGGGCUCUACGUCAUAGAGCUGAACCGCGACGUGAUCGUCCGAGCUGCUGAUUGCAAGAAGGUGCACCAGAUUGCACUCGCGCCUCGAGAGAAAAUCGUGAUCCUCCUGUGCGGCCGGAACCACCACAUCCACCUCUACCCGUGGUCAGCCUUGGAGGGGGCCGAGGGCAGCUUCGACAUCAAGCUUCCAGAAACGAAAGGCUGUCAGCUGAUCGCCACGGCGACGCUGAAGAAGAACCCGGCCACUUGCCUGUUUGUGGCCGUGAAGAGGCUGGUGUUCUGUUACGAACUGCACAGAACUAAACCUUUCCACCGGAAGCUGGGCGAGCUGGCAGCCCCCGGCCCUGUUCAGUGGAUGGCCAUGCUUGGGGACCGGCUGUGUGUGGGCUACCCAUCGGGAUUUGCCCUGCUGAGCAUGCAGGGUGACGGGCACACCCUCAGCCUGAUCAAUCCCGCAGACCCCUCGCUGGCCUUCCUCUCUCAGCAGUCCUUUGAUGCCCUCUGUGCUGUGGCGGUCAAGGGCGAGGAGUACCUACUGUGCUUCAGCCACAUGGGGCUGUACGUGGACCCACAGGGCCGGCGCUCUCGUCUGCAGGAGCUCAUGUGGCCAGCGGCCCCUGUUGCCUGUAGUUGCAGCUCCUCCUACGUCACCGUGUACAGCGAGUAUGGUGUGGACGUCUUUGAUGUGAACACCAUGGAGUGGGUACAGACCAUCGGCCUGCGGCGGAUCCGACCUCUGAACCCCGAGGGCAGCCUCAACUUCCUCAACUGCGAGCCCCCCCGCCUCAUCUACUUCAAAAGCAAAUUCUCAGGCACGGUUCUGAAUGUGCCCGACACCUCCGACAACAGCAAGAAGCAGCUGUUGCGUACCCGAAGCAAGCGGUGGUUCGUGUUCAAGGUCCCCGAAGAGGAACGGCUGCAGCAGAGGCGAGAGAUGCUUCGAGACCCAGAGCUGAGAUCCAAGAUGAUCUCCAACCCGACCAACUUCAACCAUGUGGCCCACAUGGGGCCAGGCGAUGGCAUGCAGGUGCUUAUGGACCUGCCACUGAGCUCGCUGCCAUCCACACAGGAGGAGCGGCCCAGCCCCGCACCUGUCACCCAGACCCGGCCGCCGGUGCCCAGGAACAAGCCGUACAUCUCGUGGCCCUCCUCAGGCGGGUCAGAGCCAGGGGUAGCUGUACCGCUCAGGAGUAUGUCCGAUCCUGACCAGGACUUCGACAAAGAGCCUGAUUCGGAUUCCACCAAACACUCGACCCCGUCCAAUAGCUCCAACCCCAGCGGCCCACCAAGCCCCAACUCCCCCCACCGAAGCCAGCUCCCGCUGGAAGGCCUGGAGCCGCCGGCUUGCGACGCCUGA